CCUUGCACCACUUCGGGUGCCUGUGCCUGAGUCAAAGGCCAAAGGGUUGCCCCCAAACGUGUCGCCCAGAGACUUGCCCCUUGCGACGACACACCAGAAACACCGAUUCACGAUGCGUCUCGGGCGAUUGUUUCGCGUGCACGGCGAGUUCUGUGCGUCCCAUCCGUGGGAGGUGAUUGUGGCGCUGGUCACGGUGGUGGCCUGCAUUCUGUCGCUGGAACGCAAUACGGCACACCAGCCGCCGGAUAGCGAUGCCGAGCGGAUGCAGUCGUGCCCGAGCUGGCGCUACGGAGGGCGCACGGUCGGCGAGGGGCUGCUGCACUGCGAGGAGGCGGAUCAGAACAUCAUCGACAUCAUCCUGAUGAUGGUGGUGCGCGGCACGGCCAUCCUCUACGUUUAUUAUCAUUUUUGCAAUCUGCAAAAGCUCGGCUCAAAGUACAUUCUGGGAAUUGCCGGCCUUUUCACGGUGUUUUCCAGCUUCAUCUUCACGUCGACCGUGCUGAACUUCCUCGGCUGUGAAGUGUCCGAUCUUAAGGAUGCUCUGUUCCUGUUUCUGCUGCUGAUCGACCUCUCGAAGGCCGGCAUCCUGGCCCAGCUGGCCCUUUGCGGAGCGAACCAGUCCGAGGUGACGAUGAACAUUGCGCGCGGCAUGGAGGUGCUCGGGCCGGCCCUCACGCUCGAUACGCUCGUCGAGACGCUCGUCAUCGGGGUCGGCACCCUGUCCGGCGUCCAGCGGCUGGAGCUGCUGAGCGGGUUCGCCGUGCUGUCCGCGCUGGUCAACUACGUCGUCUUCAUGACGUUCUAUCCGGCCUGCCUGUCGCUCAUCCUCGACCUCACACACAACGGGGGCGGCAACCGGGUGCAGAAGUGUGGCGGCGAGAACCUGAUCCGGCGCGUGCUGUUCGAGGAGGACCGAAAGCCGAACCCGGUGGUGCAGCGCGUCAAGCUGAUCAUGUCGACCGGACUGUUCGUGGUGCAUGUCAUGAGCCGGUUCACCAUCUCCGACAAGGAGUCGGACGCGGCCGAUCAAAUCAUCGUGGCGCACACGCACGAACACCUGGCGGCGAUGAACAAGACGGAAACGAACGAGAUAUCCGAGUUUAUCAUGCGCUGGCUGUCCAUCAGUUUGGAGCAGAUCGUAACGUACAGCCUUAUCAUCGUGCUGGGCGUCAAGUACGUCGUGUUUGACCGUCACCAUCUGUCCGAGCAACUGCUUAUUUCCGUCGCAAAUGAGCAAGCGGCAGCAGCAGCCGCCGCAGCCGCUGCCGCCGCCGCCGCCGCUGCUUCCGCCGAAAACAACGUUCCUUCCUCGCCGGUAACGUUCACACUGGCCGCGGCCGUGUCGCUGGAGGAAAAAGCCACCCAGAGCGAGCUGACUUUGAUCGGCAAGCGGCGCUAUGUUCGUAGGACCCGCCGACACACCGUGGUGGACGAGAAGCAGUACGGCGAAGUCUUGGCCCUCUCAACCAGCGAUGAAGACGUGGAUGAGGAUGAGGAGGAGGAGAUGGAGGAAGAGGAGGAGGAGGAGGUAGAGCGGGAGCCGCGCUCACUCGAGGAGUGCAUUCAGAUCCUGCAGGAGGACGGUGGCGGUAAGCUGUUGAGCGAUGUGGAGCUAGAGAUGGUCGUGCGAGGUGGACGAGGUGUUUGUCCGCUGUACAAAAUCGAAACGAUCAUCGGAGAUGCGGAGCGGGGUGUACGACUGCGGCGCCACAUCGUGAUGAAGGACGCUGGCCGUAACCCGGGCACGCUGAACGAUCUGCCCUACCUGAACUACGACUACUCGAAGGUGAUGAACGCGUGCUGCGAGAACGUGCUCGGCUAUGUGCCCAUCCCGGUCGGAUACGCCGGGCCGUUGCUUCUGGAUGGCAAACGCUUCUACGUACCAAUGGCGACGACCGAGGGCGCCCUCGUGGCCAGCACGAACCGUGGCUGCAAAGCGAUCUCGAUCCGGGGCGUGACGAGCUUCGUCGAGGAUAUUGGCAUGACGCGAGCCCCAUGCAUCCGCUUCCCGAACGUGCUGCUGGCGGCGCAGGCCAAGCGGUGGAUGGAGUCGAGCGACAACUUCCAGCGCAUCAAGAAAGCGUUCGACUCGACGAGCCGGUACGCACGUCUACAGGACCUUCACAUUGCGAUCGACGGCCCGGUACUGUACGUUCGCUUCCGCGCCUUCACCGGUGACGCGAUGGGCAUGAACAUGCUGUCGAAGGGAACGGAGCGCGCCCUCCGCGACAUUCAGGCCGUCUUCCCGGAGAUGGUGAUCAUCUCGCUCAGUGGCAACUUCUGCUCGGACAAGAAACCGGCCGCCAUCAAUUGGAUCAAGGGACGCGGCAAGCGCGUCGUGUGCGAGACAAUCGUGCCGGCCGACAAGCUGGAGGCAAUCUUCAAGACGAACGCCCGCACGCUGGUGCAAUGCAACAAGCUGAAGAACAUGACCGGCUCAGCGGUGGCGGGCAGCAUAGGAGGCAACAAUGCGCACGCGGCCAAUAUGGUUACCGCGAUCUACAUCGCCACCGGGCAGGACCCGGCCCAGAACGUCACCAGCAGCAACUGCUCGACCAACAUGGAGACGUGCGGUGACACCGGCGAAGAUCUGUACAUCACCUGCACGAUGCCCUCGCUCGAGGUGGGCACACUCGGCGGCGGUACCGGCCUGCCCGGCCAGGGCGCCUGCCUGGAUAUGCUCGGCGUGCGUGGGUCACACCCGACGCAGCCGGCCGAGAACUCGAAGCAGCUGGCGCGAAUCAUCUGUGCCACCGUGAUGGCCGGGGAACUGAGUCUUUUGGCGGCACUGGUCACGAGCGAUCUAGUCAAAAGCCAUAUGCGACACAAUAGAUCAUCUGUAGCAGUCAACCCAAAUGUUGUUCCACCGGCACCAGCGAUACAGGCGCCCGCAAAAGGAGGCGAAUCGUAUCCUUCAUCCUAACAAACUAAUCAUGCUCUAGCCGUAGAACGGAUACACUCAACAUAUGAUAGCGAUGAUCUUUCUUUAAUUUCGACGAUAUAUAAUAGACAACGCAUGCAGAAACAGUAGCUGGGUCAAGCUGGGCAGCUUUAAGCAACCCCGUCGUCCCGCGUUCUAAAAAACCCAAUGGACGUGGUCUCCAAGAGAUGGGUCAAUCUAUAAAGUAUGGAGAAGAAAAUCACCAUAGAACUAUAAUUUAUUUUUCACACACACACACAUACACACACACACUGAAACAAAUAGACCAACGUUUCCUUGCAUUACGAAAACCGACAAUAAUAUAUUGUUUAUAGGCCUGGGAAAGACUCGAAGACAAAGGGACGUACGAAAAGUAACAAAACCAUGGCGUACGUACAACUCUUCGGUAUGCACACUGCUUGCCGAUACCUUACUCUAUCCCUUAGUACUUGUCUUGCGCGAGGUUAACACAAAGUGGUCGGUAUGGCCUUAGACGUAGGGAAAGCAUUACGCAUAUAAGAGUGUUAAAUGCUACUGGCAGGGGCUCCGCGUAGCUACGCGCAUCCGUGAGUGAAUGAAUGAUAUCUUUUUCGUUUUUGUAAAUAGCAUUCAUUUGGGUUGGGUUUGGCUUGUGGGUAACAACAAAUGGACGGACAUUAACAAUUCGAAAAAGGAAGAGAGAAACUGCUACCGCGGCCAGUGUUGUCAACUACUUACUCUCCGUCUUUCACGCAUGACGGAUACUGCCGAAUUGCAAACGGGCGCAAAAUAAUGCAAAAUAGAUAUAAGAUUACUUUGGGAAUCAACAAAGUGACAGAGACACAGAAGAAACCAUGUCGUGUGUGUGUGAACGACGCUCUAGCAUGUUCUUAAUUUUAAUCAACAGUAUCUGGCCUACUUGAUGUUGUGUUGGGUUGAACGUUGAGGUAGGAUACAAACAUAACGUCGAAAGGGCAAGUCAAUCAAACAAUGGACAAGAUGGAUGCAUUUCCCUUGCCACCUUUUUUAGAGAUAAAAUCACCGGGAUCGCGGAAUUAAAUGGAAAAAGCGCAGAACGUGGCCACCGUACAUUAAAACACAUUAUUCCGAAACAGUGUGAUACGUGGAUGGAUGACGUUUCCUGUCCGCAUAGAGAUAGCGGCCGUUUUCAUCACAACACUCGUUCCUUGCCGGUCGGUCCUUCAGACGCACGCAAUGGUGUAGGAAAACGCUACUAUUCUUCUAAAAACGACAGAAUGCAUGUUCUAAAAAAAGUACGACAUAAGCAGAAAAGUUGGAGCAAAGGCCAGAAAGGAUGAUGUGCAAAGAGAGUUGUAAUAAUACAGGCGUAGCCGUUAAAACCGUAUCAUAAAAACUUUGAAUAAAAUAGAAGAUUCGUAUACUGCAACUCUGCAAAUGUUGUACUUUUUCGCAGUUUACUUCUCAAUCUAACACGCUGGUGGGAAUCGUAACUCAAUCGCGGAUCCUUGUUCGCAGAUGCGAGAUGAUAUUCAACAGUUGACUCCAAACUUUUUUUUAUUUAAUCGCAUACCAAAUCCGUUCCCAGUUAAAAAGGAUAAAACAAACCAUUACCCAGAUGCCCAACCCCCGGUAUCGUACGAAUGGCGAUCCUAAUGGUCAAGGAUAUGCAACAAAUCUUUUUUUUUCUGCAGUAGUCUAGCAAUCGUUUACGUUUACGAACAAUAAGCUAAAUAAAAAAGUGAAAGUAGGAAACUAGUGCAAAUAAAAA